AUGAGUUCUAAUGCCAUUCCAUUUCCAGACAUUGACCCAUACGAAGUCUUGGGUAUAGCAAAGAAUGAAACCGAACAAGGAAUUAGGAAGAGCUAUCGUAAGCUCAUGCUAAGGCACCACCCGGACAAAUCUGGAAGCCAGAGUAGGGAAGCGAAGGAGCUGUUCCACAAGAUACAAUUUUCUUACGAAAUAUUAACGAAUUUUAAGGAUACCUAUGACAAGACCGGGUCGAUUGAAGCCUGUUUUGGUAGUUCCGACCUUGCUGGCUGGAGAGACUUGUUCGACAUGGACGUGACAAUAAAUAAAGACACCAUCGCGGAAGACAAGAAAAAAUACAGAGGUAGUGAAGACGAGACUGAAGAUAUUAUAGAUUCGUGGAACGCAAAUGCGUACGAAAAGCGGCCUAAACGCUAUGUCCCAGACGAAGACCAGUUUACCCUUCUUUUUGAGGAGAUACCUCACUUAGAGGCUACUGAAGAGGACGAAAAACACAUUUUGGAGAGAGUGGGUCAAUUGAUAGGCCAAGGUUUAAUUGAAGACGCUGCUGGCAGUUUUGAGCACUGGAAGCUCAACAGGAAGAAGCUACUGAAAAGGCUGCAAAAACGGUUUGAAGCUGAAAGAUCGCAGGCCGAGGCCGUUCUUCGAACUAUGGAGAAAAACAAAAAUCUACAUUCGGAUGCAGAACUACGGCAGCUCAUCCAGAAGAAGAACAAAAAUUCGUGGGAUUCACUGAUUUUGAAACUGGAGAAGAAAGCUGGCGGAGCCCGUACGCAUGCUGACUUGGAUGACGAAGAAUUCGAAAAGAUCCAAAAGAGCUUGAAAAAGAGGCGCAAAUGA